UUACCCACAAUCGCCGUACGGACAAAACCCACAGAUGUACCAGCAGAGUCAUUAGGAACUCUCUGCCAAUUCAGAAGCCGACCCCCUCCAUCAUCUGUUCGAGGACGAUGAGGGAUGAGGUAUACCAAAAGCGCACUCGCUUGUAUCGUUGUCCAGAGCAAGCGAGUCUUGACGAGUCUCCUUAUGGUGGUUCUUUGCGUCUGUGUCGCGAGCUUAUGCGACGGAUACAUCAUCUUUCCUCUCGGGUGGUGCUUGCAUUUUCACUUGGCGGCGGCGGCGGUUGUAUGUUUCUAGUUGAUGGUGUCUACGAUGGAGAUUACUUGAGUCAUCAUGCUCAACAUGGAUACGGCUCCAUGAUCGAUACCGCGAAAGAGUCAGUACAAUGUUCUGAGGAUACCACUGGAGAUGUCGUAAAGACGAAUGCUUGGGCAUACGUUAUGCAUUCCGCGUCACAUGUAUUCCUCUUUACGUCUUUUAUUGUCAUGGAUCAGAGGCAUUCCAAAAUUCCUUGGUUCAAACAGUUUUCAUUUGGGGUUAGAACGAUUGCAUGUGAAUCGGCGUUCGAAACAAGAAACAAUUAUUCAAUUUCUCCUUCAAUUAGUUCGCCACUGGUUACGGCCCUUUUCUUUGCUAUUGUGCUUACUCUCAGAUUAUUCGCUCUCCGUGUCAUUCUUUGCACAUGAUGCUGGAUAUCAUUGGAGCCUGCCUGCCCGCCUUUGUGUUCUCGUACAAGCAACGUGGAACG